AGCCGGUGCGGCUGUGAGGGGCCGCAUCUCGCCGCCGCCGGCCGGCCGGGCAUGGUGUUGGGCGCCGGGCCCGCCUCGCCUGUUUCGGGGUGCCCAGGAUAAAGGUAGCAGUGAUGCUGACACUGGCAAGCAAACUAAAGCGGGAUGAUGGUCUCAAAGGAUCCCGGGUGUCAGCCACGGCCUCCGACUCCACUCGGCGGGUUUCUGUGCGAGACAGGCUGCUUGUUAAAGAGGUUGCAGAACUUGAAGCUAAUUUACCUUGUACGUGUAAAGUGCAUUUUCCUGAUCCAAACAAGCUUCAUUGCUUUCAGCUAACUGUCACCCCAGGUGAGGGUUACUACCAGGGCGGAAAGUUUCAGUUUGAAACUGAAGUUCCAGACGCGUACAACAUGGUGCCUCCCAAAGUGAAAUGCUGGACCAGGGUCUGGCACCCCAACAUCACAGAGACGGGCGAGAUAUGUCUCAGUUUACUGAGAGAACAUUCGACUGACGGCACCGGCUGGGCCCCUACGAGGACACUGAAGGAUGUUGUUUGGGGAUUAAACUCUUUGUUUACUGAUCUUUUGAAUUUUGAUGAUCUACUGAAUAUUGAAGCUGCAGAACAUCAUUUGAGGGACAAGGAGGACUUUCGGAAUAAAGUUGAAGACUACAUUAAGCGCUACGCCAGAUGAUAGGAGGAGAGGACUGCGGGGCUGGGGACCAUGCAUUAGAAGUUGGUCUCCAGCUGAAACGAGAAGGGAACCUCCUCCCCAGUCCUCGGCUCCCCUCAGUCCCGCUGGGCCGUCCGAGGCCUGUGACCACGUUGUCCUGAGG